CACGAGCGACCCCGCCACUGCAUUUUCUCUCUCUACAAAUAUCCUCUCACAAGGAAUCUCCAGUUUCUCUCUCUAAGAAUCCUCUCUCACACUAGAAAUCCUCAGUUUCUCUCUCUAAAAUUUCUCUCGAGAAAGCCUCCAUUGAUCUCCUACAUUCUCCUAUCUGUAAUCUCCCCCCUCUCAGAAUCUCUGUUUCUCUUUCUAUAUAAAUCCCUCCCCCUCUCUCUCUCCCGGAAGUUCCACUCUCUCACUCGAAAUCCAUCUCGCGCCUCUCUGUGCAUCUCUGCUACUCUCUCUCUAGAAAUCCCUAUCCCUCCUCAUUGUCAAAUUCUGCGUUUCUCUCUCUCUCGAGAAAUCCCUCUCCCGCGUCAUUGUGAAAUUAUGCUUUUCUCUCUCUAGAAAUCCAUGUCUCGCCUUCUGUGAAUCCCUGCUACUCUCUCUCUCUCUCUCGACAAUGUGAAAUAAAGUUCGUUUGCUUAAAGAAGUUUCCCCUUAAUUAUCAGUUUGACCGCGUUCUCUCUCUAGGUGCAAUGUCAAAAAGCAGUAUGCGCGCCGCUAUGAGGUGCUUCAAGGCCUGCAACAAUAUCAACAAUGUCUACCGAUUCGGAGGAGAGAGAAAAUGCCUUCAUAUUCGCAGCCUUUUGUACGAUGCAGCUCGUUUUGGUGGAUACUCGAGGCCUUUCCUUAAUGGAAAUCAGUGUAAAAGAUUUUUCUCUCUAUACGAUCAAAAUGCUAUGAUGGCCUUUACCAGGAGGGGUUUUGAGGAAGAUGGAUAUUCAAAAGAAUCUACAGGUUCCUCGAAGAGUUUGAGACAACAAUUGAAAGGGAGAUCUCUUAAGCAGUUUCAGGGGUUUUUACAUGACGCUUCUCCAAGGGGGUUCAAUUCAUCAAAGGAAAUGCAGAACUAUCUGCAUUGGACCUGCGCAUCAUUCUCAACAUCCGCUAGUGAGACUGCAGGCAUGAAGCCAGUUAAUGGAAGUGAAAAGCAAAUUCAAGUUAAUGUCGUCAAAAAAGAACAAACAGAGCAAGUAGCAGACAUGAAAAUCCUUCGGACCCUUGCAAAAUAUUUAUGGCUGGAAGAUAACCUUGAAUUUCGUGCAAGAGUUAUCAUGGCUUUGGGUCUCCUUGUUGGGGCUAAGGUUCUUAAUGUGCAAGUACCUUUCUUGUUCAAGCUAGCCGUAGAUUGGUUAACUGCUUCUGUUGCUGGGGUUACAGUUUCAGAAUUUGCAGCUGCCAAUCCCACUGCUGUGGCACUUUUUGUGAGCCCUGCAGCUGUCCUAGUUGGCUAUGGAAUAGCUCGUGCUGGGGCCUCCGCCUGCAAUGAGCUACGUAAUGCCUUGUUCUCAAAGGUGGCUUUACGUGCUAUUCGGACGGUGUCUAGGAAGGUAUUUGCCCAUCUGCAUAACCUUGAUCUCCGGUAUCACUUGAGUCGGCAAACCGGUGCAUUAAAUCGCAUUAUUGAUCGUGGUAGUCGUGCAAUAAAUUUUAUAUUGACAGCAAUGGUAUUCAACGUAGUUCCCACCAUAUUAGAGAUAUCUAUGGUAUCAGGCAUACUUGCUUACAAGUAUGGAACAUCCUUCGCUUGGAUCACAUCUCUAUCUGUGGCUGCCUAUGUUGCAUUUACUUUGGUUGUUACUCAGUGGCGAACUAAGUUUCGACAGGCAAUGAAUAAAGCUGAUAAUGAUGCGAGUUCAAGAGCAAUCGAUUCAUUAAUUAAUUAUGAGACUGUCAAGUACUUCAACAAUGAGGCUUUUGAAGUCAGAAAAUAUGAUGAGUUUUUAAAGAGGUAUGAAGAUGCUGCUCUAAAAACCCAAAGUAGCCUUGCUUAUCUGAACUUCGGCCAAAAUGUGAUAUUUAGUACAGCUCUAUCCACGGCAAUGGUAUUGUGUUCCCAUGGAAUUACAAGUGGGACCAUGACUGUUGGUGAUUUGGUCAUGGUUAACGGGCUUCUCUUCCAAUUAUCUCUACCUCUCAAUUUCCUUGGAAGUGUGUAUCGUGAAACUCGACAGAGUCUUAUUGACAUGAAGUCCAUGUUUUCAUUGCUUGAGGAAAGGCCUGAGAUUAGUGACAAGCCCAACUCAAAACCUCUGCAAUUGAGUAUGGGAAGCAUCCAAUUCGACAAUGUAUAUUUUGGGUAUCUAACAGAGCGCAAUAUUCUUGAUGGAGUAUCAUUUGAGGUAGCAGGUGGGAGAAGUGUAGCUAUUGUUGGAACCAGUGGCAGUGGUAAGUCAACCAUUCUUAGACUUCUGUACAGAUUCUUUGACUGUCAUAAAGGAGCUAUAAGAAUCGAUGGUCGGGAUAUAAGGGAUGUGACACUUGAGAGUCUCCGGAGAUCAAUCGGUGUUGUACCACAGGAUACUGUACUUUUUAAUGAUACUAUAUUCCACAAUAUACAUUACGGUCGAUUAUCAGCAUCUGAGGAGGAGGUCUACGAUGCUGCUCGACAUGCUGCCAUACAUGAUACCAUCAUGCGUUUUCCUGAGAAAUAUAAAACUGUGGUUGGCGAAAGAGGACUUAAGUUGAGUGGAGGAGAGAAACAGCGUGUGGCCCUAGCUCGUGCAUUUUUGAAGGCACCUCCUAUUCUGCUGUGUGAUGAAGCCACAAGUGCUCUUGACAGUACAACCGAAGCUGAGAUUUUAAACGCAUUAAAGUCCUUGGCGAACAACAGGACAGCAAUCUUCAUUGCUCAUAGGCUUACAACCGCAAUGCAGUGUGAUGAGAUAAUUGUUUUGGAGAAUGGUAAGGUUGUUGAACAAGGGCCUCAUGACAUUCUUGUUUCAAUGAGUGGAAGAUAUGCACAGCUUUGGGGACAGCAGAACAAUGACAUAAAUUAAUUAGGGAUCAAACUUGAAUCUUGAGUUUAUUUGUGUUGAAUGUGUUAUAAUAUAAAUUAUAUAAUUAUAAAAUAGGAGAAAAUUUGAGUUGAUAAUUUGCGGGAGGAAUGUAAUUAUGCGGAAGUUGGAUUUUUGGAUUUUAUUUUUUUUGGAGGAGAAUUUUAGAGGGUUUAGGGUCCUUUAUCACUGUUUAUAGACCCUCUAUUUUAAGGUAUAUAUGUUUUGCGUUAUGAGGAUCUAUACAUGAGUUGUAGAAUAACCAGUAUAACUUAACCUUCAUUUUUAUAGUCUGAUAAAAUGUUUGUUUGACCA